AUGGCACCAUCUCGUAGGACUCCACAAUCUUCCCAGGGCGAUGUGUCGGACAUCGCCAGAGCGAUUGAGGCAAUGGUAGCUGCCAUAACACAGCAAAGUACGGCGAUAAUGCAACAACAUGAGGCAUCAAUGCAACGACAAGCGACAACACUUGAGCAGCAACAGCUAGUGAUGCAGCAGAUGGAAGCUGCUAGGGUGGCUGCUGAGGAGGCUCACAAGCAACAUAUGAAGACCCUCCGCCAAUUGGAGGAGAACAGGGUAGCUGCCCCUACUUUUGGCCCUGAGCCACGACCUACGACCAGGGAGUGGAGUCUAGAGGACUUUCUAAAACACCACCCGGUGAAGUUUGGAGGCAAGACCAGCCCGGACGCAGCAGAUCAGUGGCUGAAAGACCAGGAGAGAAUAUUUGAUGCCAAGAUGUGCCCAGAGGAGAGUAGACUGGCAUUCGCGGUGUACAUGCUCACGAGUGAGGCUAAGCAUUGGUGGGUCAGCAUGAAGUCCCUCACGAAAGAGAGGCAGGAGCCAGUUACUUGGGAUGUCUUCAGGAGGAAGUUCCUCUCUGAGUACUUCCCUAACAGCGUCAAAUACACUAAAGAGGUAGAAUUUUUGCAGUUAACCAAAGGAAGCAAGUAUGUGACUGAGUAUGCAGAAAAGUUCAAGCACCUCAGUCGUUUCUACACCAUGCCGCUAGAUGAAGAAUGGCGAUGCAGGAAAUUUGAGAAUGGUCUCCGUGGGGAUCUUCGUUUGAUGGUGGUUCUGCUAUCCAUCAAGGACUUUGCCGCCUUGGUGGAGAAGGCAAGGGUCAUGGAGAAGAUGAAGGUAGAGGUGAAAACUCAGCACUCAUCCCAACAGAGAGUGGGAGGACCAUCAGGGUCCAGACACAGGCACGAGGAGAGGAGGAAGCCCUACAUUAGGCCCCAUUUCUAG